AUGCAUUCUCUGGAAAAAACUUUUUUAAAGCAAUUUGCCAAAAAAAGAGCGGAAGCACAAACGGUACAAACAGAACCGUUGGAUUUUUCGGUACAGAAAGUGAGUGAAGAUUGUAUACAAUUACAGAAUUCAUCAAUUAAUCAAACGAAGAAAGGACAGACGGAAAGUUUUCCUCAAUCAUCGCAUUUGAGUGCGUAUCAGAAGACGCAUACUGGUGAAAAGCCGUACAAUUGUAUGUUAUGCGGGAAAAGUUUCUCUUACUCAUCACAUUUGAUAAGACAUGAGAGGAUACAUACUGGUGAAAAGCCGUACAGUUGUGCGAUAUGCGGGAAGGGUUUAGCUAGUUCAUGGGAAUUGAGCAUGCAUAAUAGAACUCAUACCGGUGAAAAGCCGUAUAGUUGCACGAUAUGCAAUCAAAAUUUCUCUCAAUCAUCGCAUUUGGGCAGACAUAACAGAAUUCAUACCGGUGAAAAGCCAUUCCGUUGUACGAUAUGCGGGAAACCUUUCUAUCGAUGCGAUAGUUUGAAAAGGCACAUGAGUACUCACAACAUAUGA